UCUAGCUCCGAAGCUUUCCCGUCCUCAAGAGUCUCUUCUUUCCGGUUUUUCUCAUUUACAGGCGGCGCGAGCUUUUUCUGAUCGGAGGGAGGAAAAACAAUGGCAGAUUCCAAAGCAGUUACCAUCAGGACCCGAAAGUUCAUGACUAAUCGCCUUCUCUCGCGCAAGCAGUUCGUGAUCGAUGUUCUUCAUCCGGGAAGGCCGAAUGUGUCCAAGGCUGAGUUAAAAGAGAAGUUAGCGAAGCUGUACGAUGUUAAGGAUCAGAACUCGAUUUUUGUGUUCAAAUUCAGGACGCAUUUUGGCGGUGGGAAGUCUACCGGGUUUGGUCUGAUAUAUGAUUCUGUGGAGAGUGCUAAGAAGUUUGAGCCCAAAUACAGACUCAUCAGGGUAUAUGAUUCUGCUUUGCUUUUCGCCAUUUUAUUUUAUUUUUAUCUAACAUUGAUGGUAGAGUUUCAAGUCCUUGGCUAGUGAAUUAACUACUAU